CUAUCAUUACUCAGCCAUCAUCAUAGGGAGGCACUCAAAAGCUGUCUUUUUUGGAUGCUCUUUGGCCACUGAUUCUGAAUUCGGAAUCUCUACUGUCCCAACUCAACAGCAACAUGCAAAAGCUAGCUCUUCUUGCAGGCCUCUGUCUGAUCGCCGCUCAGCCGGGCUCUACUGCACGCCUUGUGUGUCAAUACGCAAGCCACUCGGACCUACGCGACGGGACGAGCCAAUUCCACAUUGCAGACAUUGAUGGAGACCUGUGUACCCAUCUGAUCUACAGCUCUGUCUGCAUUGAUUCACUUUUCAACAUUUCUGCCACAGCUACUCAAUUACAAAACUUUGGGGCCUUCACUGCGCUAAGUGGUCCGAAGCUGAAAAAGAUUUUGGACGUCAACUUGAUGGUUGAAAAAGCGAUAGUCCAAAACAUGAUGGCCACAUCUGCAAACAGGGACGCGUUUAUCAUGUCUGCAGUUAGCUUCUUGAGAACCCAUCAGUUUGAUGGGAUCAACAUCUUGUGGGUGAAUGAAAACAAGCAAGACAAUAAGGCGUUGUACACUUCCCUCAUUGAGGAAUUCAGAGUCAAAAUGGAUGCUGAGUCGCUUGCCUCUGGAAAAGCUGCUCUACUGCUCACCGCGAGCGUGGCUGCUCAGAUACCGGCCAUUGAGUGGAGUUACGAGGUCCCGCAGAUUGCCGCUGCCGUAGACUUCUUGAACGUGAGGACAUCCGACGUGGACUUCCCAACAGCGACACCGUCUUUCAGCACUCCAACUGCCUCAUUCAAUAUGGCAGCCACAUCGAUGCAAUACUGGGAGUUUAAGGGAGCACCGGCCGCUAAGCUUAACAUGGGAAUCGGAGUAUUUGGAGAAGUUUUUACUGUCGACGCUCGGGGUAAUGUUGAACCGCUUAAAGGGAGCUUGAGUGAUGUACCGCCAGGUCUGUGGGCCCGUUAUGAGGUGUGCUCUUUGCUGGGAAGGUCUGCUGCACCACAUCUUUGGAUUGCCUUUGACAACAAAGCCGCCAUUGAUGCAAAGGUCAAUUACAUUGUCAACAACAGUUAUGGGGGAGCCUUUGUCAUGUCUGUGGACCUGGAUGACUUCAAUGGAAAUUCCUGCAAUAACGCGAAUGAUCUGAAUGGACCGUAUCCCGUCAUCACACAUUUGCACAAACAAUUAGCCAACUAAACGUUGGAUGACGGAAUCCAGCACCAUCGUUAUGGUUUAUGUAAUCAUGUUUACUUAACUUACCAUACAUGAGUGAACGGUUUCCUGAUAUUAAAACAGUAGCGUACCCUGUCUCCCCUUGUCACGCAGAAUACGCAAGCAUUUUGCUGGCUUAGUGGGAGGUAGCGAUGAAGGUAAUUGGGGCCAAAAUCUUGACAAAGCUGCAUUAUUAAAUCAGUUAUGUGUGCAUUUACAGUAUGACGGUGGAAUUAUUACAUCAAUGUUGGACUAAUCAUUAAGUAUUUUUAUUCCCGGUUGGAUUCUAUUUUUUCAGUAGGGUGUUUGUUUGUAUGAUGAGGCGGUUGUUUUCAAUGAUAUCAACGUAUCAUUUGUGUGACUACAUGUAGAUUGAAGACCCUCUCGAUAGCUUUACACACCAGACUGCGCAUCAUUGGUUGUUGGCUUUUUUGGGGGGGUUGAUUGGGGGAUUGCGUGAAUACAAAUAAAUACAAUAAAAUGCAUCUUUGACCGCAGUGUGUUGAUUCAUAUACACUCUUAUGCCAUUUUUAAAAACCCUGUAAAAUGACACACACAAAAAAAACUGUCUUGUAAAUUUGGCACACAGCCCCUUCUUGAUCCAUCCUUAUUGUGGUGGAGGGUUUUGUGUGUUCCAAUGAUCCUUUGAGCUAAAUGCUCAUCACAGAUCGCCCGUAACAAACACCACGAUCAGACAUAACCGUGUCCACAUGUGCACUCCAGGUCACGGUUUGACCAUCGACUUUGUAGUCGUGUCAUCAGACUCGU